UGGUUUGCACACAUAUCUAGUCAGGCUUUGGACAACUAUAUCUAGUAAGGGAUUGAGGCUUGCUAACCGACUGGAUUCUUACAAAAUUUUUCCUGGUUUUUGAGUUUGUACUUGCUACUGCAAAUCUCAAACUCACUUCUAGAAUUUUGAACUUGGAAACCAAAAGGCAUGGCCUUUACGACCAUCAAUCUCUCUCCUUCACUGAAGCUCGUUACCAACAACAAUGGCUUCGUCGGAUUCUCCAAGUCCUUUUUACCGUCAAAUUUGUUCCUUGGGAACUCUUCUUUCUCUUUGGCAGCUCUCAGUUUCACCUCCAAUCAUCAGAGCUCGGGCCGCCACAACAUAAACGGCUCACGAUGGUCCUCUACCGCCUUCAGAUGCUUUGCCCAGAAAUCAGAGCCCUCUGUUUCGGUUGAUGGCCAUGGCAGUAAGGAUACUUCUGAGAGGGUGGUUGUGCUAGUUAUCGGUGGAGGGGGAAGAGAACAUGCGCUUUGCUAUGCAUUGCAGCGGUCACCGUCUUGCGAUGCCGUAUUCUGUGCACCAGGCAAUGCAGGGAUUUCCAGUUCGGGGAAUGCGACUUGCAUACCUGACCUCGACAUUUCCGAUAGCUCAGUGGUGGUUUCUUUCUGCCGGAAAUGGAGUGUUGGGUUGGUCGUUGUAGGGCCAGAGGCUCCCCUUGUUUCGGGUCUUGCAAAUGAUUUGGUCGAGGCAGGAAUCCCGACUUUCGGCCCUUCAGCAGAGGCUGCUGCUUUGGAAGGUUCUAAGAACUUCAUGAAGAGUAUAUGUGACAAAUAUGGAAUUCCUACUGCUAAGUAUCAAACAUUUUCAGAUGCAUCGGCUGCAAAGCAAUAUAUUAAAGAGCAAGGAGCACCUAUUGUUAUCAAAGCAGAUGGACUGGCUGCUGGAAAAGGAGUCGUUGUUGCUAUGACACUGGAAGAGGCAUAUGAAGCCGUUGACUCAAUGCUUGUUGACGGUAUUUUUGGUUCUGCAGGUUGCCAGGUCAUUGUUGAGGAAUUUCUUGAAGGAGAAGAAGCAUCAUUCUUUGCCCUGGUUGAUGGAGAGAAUGCCAUACCGCUAGAAUCUGCUCAAGACCAUAAACGGGUUGGAGAUGGUGAUACAGGUCCUAAUACCGGUGGGAUGGGGGCAUACUCUCCAGCACCAGUCUUAAAUAAAGAACUUCAAUCUUUGGUCAUGGAAUCCAUUAUCCUCCCAACAGUGAAGGGAAUGUCAGCAGAGGGAUGCAAAUUCGUUGGGGUUUUAUAUGCUGGACUAAUGAUUGAGAAGAAGUCCGGCUUACCUAAAUUAAUCGAGUACAAUGUGCGGUUUGGAGAUCCAGAGUGUCAGGUUCUAAUGGUUCGUUUGGAGUCUGAUCUUGCAAAAGUUCUGUUAGCAGCCUGUAAAGGAGAGCUAGAAGGGGUCUCACUGAACUGGUCCCCUGGGUCUGCCAUGGUGGUAGUAAUGGCAAGCAAGGGUUACCCUGGCUCCUAUGAGAAAGGGACCGUGAUUCAGAACCUGGAAGAAGCAGAGCUCGUUGCUUCUUCAGUCAAGAUAUUCCAUGCUGGAACUGCCCUUGAUUCGGAUGGCAGUUUCAUAGCUACUGGGGGUCGUGUUCUUGGGAUUACUGCCAAGGGCAGAGAUCUCGAAGAAGCACGGGAUAGAGCUUACCAAGCAGUUGAAGAAAUCAACUGGCCGGAAGGAUUCUAUCGGCAGGAUAUUGGAUGGAGAGCACUUCCCCAAAAACAGUUUGCUACGUAGAUUAACAUUGAAAUACAUAUGUUCUGCUGUAAACUGGCCCUUAUACUAAUUCAAAUCACCUAUGGAAGAGAGGCAAAAGAAACUUACUCGUCGGCCAAAAAUUUGUCACCCUGAAAGCACUACAUUUCCUGAUAAUCCUCUGUCCAGUUUGUGUA